UAGGGGAGAAAUUGGCAAAGAGACACUAGCAGUAGUAGUGUUAUCCAUUUCUUCCCUCUCUGACCUCCUCACAUGAAGCAGCCUCCCCCAAAUUUUCACUCAGAUUCAGAAACCCUGCGCCAUUGAUUCCUAGGAAAAGGUAAAAGGAGAGUGAAGCGAUAGCUUCCUAGUUAAUUCGAAAUUAUGGGGGAAAGUAAGCAAGGGAUUAUGGUGGUGGAAAUUCCAGGCAAGGCCGGCGGUUUGAUGGGACAAGUUGAGCAGAACCCAAUUGCAGUGGUGCAGGCUAAGCUGAAAGAGGUGGAGACUAGGUUUAAAGGGUGGCUGGCGAAGCAGUCUUUGCCGGUGGAGGCUGCUGUCGUCACCGCCACCAGUGGGGCACAAGGCGCCGCAAUUGGCGGUUUCAUGGGGACUCUCACGGGUGAUGCUUCCUCCUUGGUUACUCCGCCGCCAAACGCUGUUAACCUCAACCCGGAUGCUAUGGCUUCGCUCAAGCAAGCUCAGGCCCUUGCAGGAGGUCCUUUGGUGCAGGCACGCAAUUUUGCUGUCAUGACUGGUGUCAAUGCCGGCAUUUCAUGUAUCAUGAGAAGAUUGAGAGGCAAGGAAGACGUUCAAUCGAGUAUGGUUGCAGCUUUUGGUUCUGGGGCCAUGUUUUCAUUAGUAAGUGGGAUGGGUGGACCGAAUCAGGCAGCGAAUGCUGUUACCUCUGGUCUUUUCUUUGCGCUGGUUCAAGGUGGAAUUUUCCAGUUAGGACAGAAGUUUUCACAACCACCAACUGAAGAUGUGUACUAUGUGAAAACAAGGUCUAUGUUGAGCAACCUUGGCCUACAAAACUAUGAGAAGAAUUUCAAGAAAGGCUUGUUAACCGACAACACUUUGCCGCUGCUAACUGAUAGUGCUCUUAGAGAUGUGAACAUACCCCCCGGACCAAGGCUGCUUAUUCUUGAUCAUAUAGAGAGCAGGAGCCCGGAGCUGAAAGAAAGGAGAAGAGGUUCCCCAUGAAGUACUGCUGCUAAAUCAAAUCUCAGCUACUGAGGUAUGAAAUCUUUGACUAGGAAAUAGUUUUCCUUCUUCCACAUAAAAGAGACAGCAACAGUUUUCUUUCACUCUGUUUAUUGUAUGCUAGAAUAAUACUACGUUGUACCAACAUUCUAAAUUUGGCGAGGAAUUUGAUUCUUGUUUGUCAUUCCAUUCAUGA